AUGGUUAAAGAAAAUGGAAGUAAUAAUAGGAAUAACAGUGCAAAUAUUCAUAAUGGUUGCACGAUUUUUGAUUUCAAAGAUUAUCUAACUGGAUUAAUUGAAGAUGAAAAUGGAAAUGGAAAUGGAAAUGGGAAAACUAAAGAAAAAAUUGAAUUGAUUGAAAAUGAAAAAAUGGAAGAGGUUAAAUGGAUGGAAAAUAAAUUACUUGACUUGAUUAAGGUAAAUGAGAAUAAAAAUGAAAAAAAGACACGAAAAAAGAGAAGGGGAGUUAGUAAAAGAAAGAAAAGCAAAGAAAAUUUAAAUAAAUCAAAUUAA